AUGGCUGCACCCACUUCACGGAGCUCGACGAGUCGACAGAAGAGACGAUCGCCUGCUGACGUCAGGAUAUCCGUUCGUUCUCGACAUCAUUCGUCGCGAGAGGCUCCGCCGUCGUUCAUGACGGGUUUGUAUGAACAGCUAGCUGACAGGCAUGGGCAACCAAAACGACAUGUGGCCAAUGCACUGGCCACCCACUCUGCAGCAAUCUGGUCCUUCGAGAACAGUGCACCAUCUAGAUUGGCUAUUUCUCCUUCGUUGUCUAUAGUUACCGAACUGGAAUUCAAUGUGCAACACUUGCCAAAGAAUGCGGGUAUUCUGUUUGCUCAGCUUCGACUGUUCAAUUUUGUGGAAGGAAUUCGGGCUAGAGAGAGAAGGAAAACGUGCAUUAUAACGGUGAGUGAAAAGUUAGCUAAUGGAGAGGAAAUACCGAUUGCAACCAAGGAAACGACUGCCUCCAGGAGUGGGUGGGAGAUACUCAAUGUGACACAUCUGAUUGAGCAAAGGAGACAGGGUAUUGAUGUUAGACUUCUAGUGAGGGUAAGAGGACCAUUUGGCAAAGUGAACUCUUACACACCAUCAGAACAGAAGAGAUACAUUGAUCGGAUGCAGUCCUUACUUGUUGUUUAUGUGCAGCCACCUAGUGGGAACUCUCAUCAUCACCAGGUAUCGGUGGAUGAUGAAAUAUGGCAACAAUUGCAACUUGAUUUCAAACAGUUGGAUGAACAAGAUCAAGAUUCAAUAGUAUUAUCCAGACAUGAACGGGCAGUCGACAAGGACAGAGACAAUGGAAUCAGUGGAGAUGAGACCACUGAGCCCCAAAUGUGUAGUCUAAAAAAGUUGAAAGUCAGAUUUUCUGAUCUCGAUAUGGAAACUGUUUUGCAGCCUAAGAGCUUCUUGAUGAAUGAGUGUGUAGGAACUUGUGUUGGAAAGUUUUUACAAUCUUUCCGAGAUGAAGGUAAAGCUCUAACAAACCAUGCUGUCAUGAAGGCUCUUCUUGCUCAGAAAACCCAAACUCCUCAUAGAAUCUGCUGUGUACCAGAUGAUAAAGAUAUGGGCUAUAUCAUGCUGUUACUUAAGCACGCCAAUGGAUCAAUGGCACUUCAGAGAUCAGAGAAGAUGAUAGCAAAUAGUUGUGGAUGUCGAUGA